AUGGCUUUGAGGUCUUCCACAAAAUUGAGGGCUUUCUUGAUUAACCGCUUGAUAACUGGGAAUUCAUCAUUCGCAACAUCAACUGUCCCAAAAAUGAAGCCUCAUGCCCAGACUGCAGAUGCUCAUCAUGGUCAUGGAAAUGAAGCAAGCUUCAAAUUUUGGCCAAUAAGGCCAGAGUAUGCUCCAGUUUAUGUUGCAUUGGGGUUAAUUGGGAUGUCGAUAAGUUUUGGGGCACUUACAGUUAGGCAUCACAUCAAGUGGGCUCCUAAUGUCCGUGUGAAGAAAUCGAAAAGGGAAACCGUUCCAGAAGUUGUGGAGCCAGAGACUGUGGUUGAAGAAGCCAAUAACUUUGUGAACAACUCUUUCUUUAGGAAAGUAGCUCAUGUUCAAGACUAUGACCGCCAAGAUGUUAUUCCUGAUCCCAUUAGAGGAGAUGUUUACUCCAGGAAGAAUACGGGACGAGUGGAGACAUUGAAAGAUGUUGGAGUUGAAGUACCGAAAGAUCCAAACCCUUAUGGCCGAGCAAGUAGGCAGCAUUCUUAA